UUUACAACGCUUUCAAGCGUUCAUUAUCGUCUGCUUUAAUUGAUAACGACAUACACCACACUCACAAUAAAUGCGACCAAUUUACGGUUCAACACGUCAAUCGUCAACAAAGAUGGCGGCGUUGGAAAAUGCAGACGACACUGAAUGGAUAACAGAGUUAGAAACAGCCUUGGUAGAAGAUUGUGAUUUUGGUUCAUUAAGAAAUAUCUGUAAAGGGCGACCUGUACCUGAACAUUUGCGAGCUGAAAUAUGGCAGAUAUGUUUGAAUGUGGAGGGUAAAGGGGAUGCUAUGUCUUCAUUUGAUGGCUUUUAUGAUAUGGAAGAACAGAGUGUGUUACGAGAUGACUGUUCAACAUUAGUAGAUAAACUUGGAAAUGAAGAAGAAGAUAAAGUGUCUAUAGUCAGUGACUUAGAAUCCAUCAUCACAUUUUACUGUAAAUCACGGAAUAUAAAAUAUACAUCUAAUAAUGGCUGGCUUGAUAUCCUACAACCUUUACUCUCCCAGAAACUACAGAAAGCUGAACUUUAUAACUGUUUUUAUGCAAUAGUUGGAAAAUAUAUACCUCGAGAUUGUGUGAAGAAUGGUAAACCAUUCCAUUUAUUCCGUCUGCUAUUACAAUACCAUGAUCCAGAGUUAUCUUCCUUCCUUGAUACCAAACGAAUAACACCAGAUUUAUAUGCACAUGAUUGGUUUUUAAGUUUGUUUGCUGCUACUUGUGAUUUGAAAGUGAUAACAAUAAUGUGGGAUGUCUAUUUUCAACAUUCGGAUCCAUUUCUGGUGUUUUUUAUGGCGUUAGUUAUAUUAGUCAACUCUAGAGAUAUGAUUCUUCUAUCAGAUGAACCAAAGGAAACAUUAAUAGAAUCUAUGUCUGUUUUCCCAUCGGGAUUAGAAGCUGAGGAUAUUGAAGAUUUUUGUGCUCUUUCUCAGUAUUACUCCAACAAAACACCACAAUCGUUUAAACGAGAUUAUCAGAUGCCAUUAUUUGGUACCCAGUUAGUUCAAACACGAACAAGUUUUGAUGAACAAGUAGCACAGGCUUUAUGUUUACCCGUUUCUGUUGGAGAAUUAUUACAAGCUAAUCAACAAACAGGGGAAGAUUGUGUUCGAUAUUUUUUGGUUGAUUGUCGACCUGCUGAACAGUACAACAGUGGACAUCUUCCCACAGCUUUUCAUUUAGAUGCUAAUCUGAUGUUACAGAACCCUGUGGAGUUUAAUACAGCUGUACAUGGUCUCUUUGCUGCUCAACAAAUGGCCAUCGCUGCAGAAUCUGUAGCAGGAGGAGAACAUCUGUGUUUUAUGGGAAGUGGAAGAGAAGAAGAAGAUCAAUAUGUAAAUAUGGUUGUAGCUAAUUUCCUACAGAAAGGUCAUCAAUAUAUCAGUUCAACUAGAGGUGGUUAUACAGCUCUACAUGAUGUUUUAAAAGAUAAUUUAACAGAUGGUUUAUCAGAUCACAAUGUUAAAUAUUGUAUUGUAUGUAGUCCAGAUACAACAGGCACCAGUAGUUGUUCAGAUUUAGAUAAUACAGACGAUUUUAGAAUCAGUAAAGAGUCAUCUGUGGAUUCUUUAUUUGGUAAAUUAUCAACAGUAAUGAAAAGUAAAUCAGCUGAAGUGAAAGAGAAGUUAACAAAUUAUAUUAAAAACGAUCAAAUGGCACCAGAAAGACAUGUGAGUAAUACAGAUAAAGUAGGUAAAAGAUACAGAAAUAUGGCAUCUGUUUUUACAAUAGGUGAUGAAGAUGAAGGUGAAGAUGGUUAUGGUGGAGUAUCAUCAGAUGAUGAACCACGUGAGAUUGUUAGUCUAGAUACCUGGUUAAAUAAACCAGAUGUUAUUUAUCAUUGUAAAUGUAAAGAAAUAAAAACAACUGGCUUUAUGCACAACAGCUACAUGUUAAUAACCAGUUCACAUCUUUAUGUUUUACGAGAAAUUCCUAAACAGAAAAAUAUGGUGUAUAUACAGUCCCGCCGAGCACUGGGUAGCAUCGUUAAAAUAACUUCCAAGAAAAAACAUCCAGAAUUAAUCACAUUCAAAUAUGGAACAAGUGAAGAUGACGGCUUAAAUAUCACGGAUAUGGACAAAUAUUUAAUUCCAACAGCAGGAGAUGCUAUGAGAAUCGUGAAACAACAAAUUAUGAAAGUUUUGGAUGCGUUAGACAGUUAAAAUGUUUAUCGCAUCAAGAUUCUUUAACAGAGAUAGACAUAUGUACAUACUCGGCACGAUGUGAUGACAUUUCUACAAAAUGCGUGACUUUUUAUUUCCCGUCAGAUUCACAAAGAAUCAGAGAAUAUUGUUUUACCAAACUGCUUUCUAUAAUCCAUUUACUAAAAAUGCAAUUUAUGUUAAAUUAUUUUAUCAGUGAACUGAUUUUAAGAAAAUGAAAUGUGAUUAACUGUAUAUUUAUUGACAAUGUUAUAAAUACAGAUCUCCGCUAGUGAUUAUCUCUAGAAGAAAAGAUGGAUUACUGUUGAAUUAAUUUCAGUGAUAAAGGAUAUUAAGAAUAAAUAAAAUUUGAUGUUAUUAGGCGAUGAAAGACACAAUCAUCCUAUGAUUCACUUCCAGAACUUUAUUUUAUAAUAAACAUAUUGAAUCAUUUGUGUUCUUUCUGCACCCAUUAAUAUAUACAUGUUAAUCAACCAAGGAAGAUAAAUCAACUACCUAAAAUUUGGAGGGAAAAUAAUUUAUGAGUUUUUUCCAUGACACAGAGAAAAGUAUACAUGUAUGCGUCAAUCUAUAUGAAAAGUGAAAGUGUUUUUGACACAUUAUCAAUAUAUGUUUGUUGAGUUUGUUAAAAUAUUUGACUGUGGAGUCCUAUGUACUGUAAAUCCAAAACCCUUGACUUUCAAACUAACAAGAUUUAACUAUAUCUGCAGUCAUGCUGGAAAUUCCAGACGUAAAAAGAUUUCAAUUAGUUCUUAUUCAAAUUUCACUAAAUGAAGGCUCUUUUUUUUAGCUAUUUUGCAAUUAUUAUCAUAAAUGUUUGGCUGCGAAAUCUAUGUUUUUUUAAAACAAUAAUUUAUUCAGAAAUUGAAAGGGAUGUUAUCAGUUUAGAAAAUUCUAAUAUUUUACUUAACUCCUUGACAAUUUAAAAUAUACCAUACUGUUAAUAUUUUCUGUUUUUAUAAGAUUUUGUUUCUUAUAAGAGAAAGAAAUAAAUGAAACAUCCUGUUUUGUUUUUUUAUACAUGUACCAAAUCAAAUUUGUUCCAUAGUUAAAAAAAAUGAUUAAAUCCAAGACAUUUAUAAUUACCAAAAGGCUAAUAGGUCGAUGUGUGUUGAGUUUUCUACAGAUAUCUUGGAAUGUUUAUGCUCCGGAAACAAAACCAGGACCUACAGAUAGAGCCUGUUUCAAUAUAACUCAUUUAACUUUCUUUUGGACCUGGGAUAAUACAUAUACUUUAGAUUUUAAUAACGUACAUGUACAUGUAAUAAGAGCUCUGAACAAAUUAAAAUAUAUUAUUGCGAUGUUGGUACCAUAUCCAUAUAUACUCUAAUAAACCUAUUUUGAAUAUAAAACAAUAUAACUAAUUUAUAUCAUGGUUUUUUAUCAAAAAACCUAAAUAUAGCCUAGCACUAAGUUUUUGCCAAGGUUUUUGUAUUUUAUCAAUGAGGGUUGUUGUUUAAUUAAAAGGGCUGUCUUCACCCCAUUAGUUUAGAUAUGGUUGUAUUUUAUUGCAAGUUUAGUAGUAAUUACACAAAAAUUAUCUAUAAAAUAGUUUUUUAAUGCUAUUACAUGUAAAGCUGAUAUUUUGGUUUAGUUUAAGUCUUCUUCUUUUUGGUGGCUGUUAAUUCAACACCAAUAAUGGAAUUUGAUCAUCACAACAUUAAGAAUCGACUGAAGACAAAUAAAUUACCCAGCGCCACAUUUAAAUGUUUGGUAAAAUUUUUUUGAUGGGCCUUUGAUGAUUGAAUCCAGUGCAGGAGAUUACUGUUGAUAUUUUGGUUUUGUUUAUUUUGGUACAUUAAGCUGUAAAAUAUUAGAUUUUACCUGAAAAUGCACAAUUGGGAUUGACAACUUCAAAGUAUAACUUUAGGUAAAGUAAGAGGGUUUUAUAGAGAUGUAUAUUAUGUAGACAUUAUUUAUUUUUAGUUCCAGGAGUCUAAUAUGUCCACUUGACACAAACCAGGUCUUUUCGGGACUAACAUACAUGUAUGGUUCAAUUUUAUGUCAAGAAUUCGCUUGAUUAAAGAAAGAAUACUAAGUGUGGUGUUUUAUUAUGGUACAUUGAUAAAAAAGUUAAUAAUGAUAGAGAUCAAUUAUUAUAAGAAAUUGGACAUCAGGAUUUUACACACAAAAAUUUCAUAAUGAGGACCAACACAUUUUGAAUAUUAAUGUUUUGGAUGUCCUGUGAAGGCUACCCAUUAUCUACUGGAUUCAGUUUUAUUUUUACACAUCUCUUAAUAUAAAUACUGGGUGUAUAUUUUUCCUACCAAAUUGGUACAAUAUUACUUGGUAAUAAUGAGGUCACAUUACUGAUAACUUAUUCAGUGUUUCAUAUUUUGAAACUCGUUUAUCACCUACUACAGUACUCUGAUGCAUAUUUAUCUUUAAAUGACAUUUCUAUCCUGAUUUUAUCUAGAUUGUUAUGAAAUAUGUAAACUGUCGAUGGGUGACCGCUUUGAUUGUUGAUGAACAAAGAGAACUACAUGUAGUAUCUCCUAAAUUAAAAUGGCAGACUGGUCCAGUGUUUCCUAACCUGAAGUUCGGAAGGUGAAGGUAGUCCAAGGGGGAAAUAGGGGGUCCGUGAAAAAGCCAGGGUGAUUUUAAAAUGUAAGUGGGAGAAGAUUGGUCACCAAUGAUCUAAUCAAUGCCAAAAGUUCUGUUAUGCUGACAUCAAACGAAAGAAAAUUCUUAUAGAUAUAUUAUCAUAUACUAGAGCAAUAUGUUGAUGAAAGAAUGUGUAUUUAAAAAUAAUCUAUCAUAUUAAUUUUAUUCUAGCAUUGGGGGCAACUGUUAUUAUAGUCUUCGUGUAAAUAAUAAAUUAUUUACAUAUUUGUAAUAUAAGAUAUUUUAUUAACACACCAGUAACAGGUGUCUGGAUAAUACCGACUUCUAGUUGUUUAGAAACACAAGAACUGAAGAAGGUAACAUUAUCAAGUAAAUGAUUAUGAAAAGAGCAAAUAUAAAUGCAUGGUGCUGACUAUUACAUUUCUAUAACACUUACAAUUACUUUUUAUAGUAAUGAUGACCAUUUCUAACUUCUAUAAACUUGUUUCAGUCAAACAUUAAUAGUGUAGUCUUAUUUAUCCAGUCAAGCUACUGUUUACUUUGUAUUAGUCAUCAGGACAGGACAUCUGUUUGAAACAUGUUGCUAUCAUAUGUCUUGAUGUCCUAGUCUAUGCUAGCCAGUUGUCAUAUUCUUUGAAAAAAAUACCUUGUUAAAAACUGAGGUAAAGAAAUAUAUAAAAAAUUGACCGACUGCCAAAGUUUUGAAGUGAAAGCCCUGAAGGAACAUUAAUCUGUUAUUUAUUGUUAUAUCAUCUUGUAAUUGUAUAAAUGUUAUUAAAUUAUACACUUGUAUUAAAUUAAUCUGUAUCAAAUAUAAAUAAUUAUUAAAGAUAUAUAUCAAAUUUUUA